AAGGACAAAGUGACGCAUCGGAUUGACGUGUCGAAAGCCGCGCAACGUGUCCGAUCGGUCCGGCGACGCCUCGUUGCGAACGCCCGCGCGAGCCUCUGUCUCUUUCUCGCUCGUCGCGGUGAAGUCGCCACGACCUCGUUCGUCGCGCGCGCUUGACAUUCGCGUGCGGAACGAGAGCGCAGUUUCGCGUGACAGCGGCUCGUUGGCCGUCCGGCGGGCCUGUAAUCACUUUCGAACUUGCACGAGCCGAUAAUAUAAGCUCGACCUUGCGGCAGCCGACGCUUGGCAAGCGAAAAGCUUUCUCCGCGUAGUCUCCCACGUAGUCCCGGAUUUUCUAAUCGUCAGAUUUGCCGACACUGUUCCUCCUUUCAUUUGUAUUUCUUCUUACGCCUCCCGUUCCCGCCGAGCUUCGAUGCCGCCACGAUGAAGCAUCAUUCUCGGCACGCACACAUCUUAACCACUGUUCGUGUGGCGUGAAUACACGCAGACGGAUCGUGCACAGGUGUGUGCGUGUGCACGCGCGCGCUCACGUACAUACACGCGAAGUUUUCACACCCAAGUAUCACGAUUGCCGGACGAUAAUCUCGACGAGAUAUCGCGUUAUCGCGAUAAUAGCGCCGUGGAAAGAAAACGGCUGGAUGAAGGUGCGAGAGCUUGCGAAGACGUACUAUAGACGCGCGGGGAAACUCGACAGCGUGCAGCUAAAACAAAACCAAAAAGAUGACUACUUGGCAAAGCACACCUGGUGCGGGGUUCUAUCCGGGGCAACAAGGUAAUUAUCCCCCGCAGAAUCCCGGCUACCCGCCGAAUCCCGGCUACCCACCGAAUCCUGGUUACCCGCCGAAUCCCGGAUAUCCGCCCCAGGAGAGUUAUAAUCCGGGUUACCCGCCGCCUUACUCCGGAGGAGGGCCUCCAGGUCCGGGAUUCAUACCACCGCCGGGUAUUCCACCCUACGGUCAAACACCGCCACCAGUUGGUCCGGAUUUCGGAUCGCAGCCAGUUCAGUCAGGAAUGUACGGGUCCGGUUAUGCGGAGGAUCCUCUGCAAGAUGAGGUCAAGGGGUUCGAGUUUAACGAUAAGACUAUCAGGAAUGGCUUCAUCAGGAAAGUAUACAGCAUCCUGAUGUGCCAGCUGCUCAUCACGCUCGGUAUGAUCACGUUGUUCGUCUACCAUAAACCAACGAAAGAAUGGGUACAUAAACACACAGAAUUGUUCUGGGUCUGCUUGGUUGUGACCUUCGUCCUGAUUAUAUGUAUGGCUUGCUGUACCAACGUAAGACGCAAGUCCCCGAUGAACUUCAUAUUCCUAUUCCUGUUCACGGUGGCAGAGGCCUUUCUAUUGGCCACGGCUGCCUCGAGCUACGAUUCUGAUGCGGUCUUGAUGGCUGUCGGGAUCACCGCGGCGAUUUGUCUGGGCUUGACAAUAUUCGCAUUCCAGACGAAGAUCGACUUUACCGGGCUGCACACUGUUCUCUUUGUCGCUCUGCUCAUCUUAAUUAUCUUCGGCAUAAUCGCAAUAUUCAUUCCCGGAAAGAUCAUGACGCUGGUUUACGCGUCGCUCGGCGCCCUAGUAUUCUCCGUUUACUUGAUCUACGACACGCAGUUGAUGAUAGGAGGCAAACACAAGUACACUGUCUCCCCGGAAGAGUACAUCUUCGCCGCGCUGAGCCUUUACCUAGAUGUUAUCAACAUCUUCCUCUACAUUCUAACUAUUAUCGGCGCUUCGCGAGACUAAUCGCUGUCAGUUCCAAUAUUCCUGACUCAGUUGUGUUAUAAUCGAGGAAAUACACAGCCAGCUUUUAUUUAUCGCCGUCCUGCUCUGGCUCUCCGCAGCAAAGGUCGUCGUCGUCGUCAUCCUCGCCGUCGCCGUCGCGAGAGCACAUUGUAGGCGAACGAAUGAGUCAAGUGUAAAGAAGCAGUAUUGGCGAGACUUUCAUUUCUACGAAGUGAUAACUUUUACAAGUUUUCAAAGAUUAAUGUACACGAGCAGCACGCUUGGAUUCAAAGUCUUGUCUAGUCCAAUAAGACAUAUUACAAAAUAUCUCUUGUUGUCUCGGGCAGGGACCUGAUGUAAAUUCUAACAACCGCUAAAAUAACAUAUAAUAUGCCGUAACAGUUAUAUUAUUGUUAUCGUCGACAAUCGUUUGGACUUUUUUUGCAGUGUCUUUUUGAUUAAUAUAGAUACGUACCGUCGCAAUUGUUUCUUUGAGCAACCGUCAGUCAGACCAUCAAUCACCUUAUUUUUUUGGAUGUACCUUUUUUUCUGAGACUUUUCAGUGUGAUCAAUAAGUGUAUAUGUCUAAUUAAAACUAUUGAAAGGAACUAUUAAUAUAUAUAAUUAAUAUUAUAAAUGUAUAUUACAUGUUUUAGUACGAUAUAAGCCCGGCAUUAGUUGUAUAGUAUAUUGUAUCGGCUAUAAAACUCCAGAAACCCAAACGACAAUUUUAUCAUAUACAUCGGUUAUUAAUAUACACACAUAUACCUAGAAAGUUGAAAUUGUGUUUAUUCUUUGUUCAUGUUUGAAUAAUAAAACAUACAAUUAUUCUCCAGUACUUUUCGGAUCCUUUGUUCUUCGAUACCGGCUGAUAACGUGUACGAGCCGCGAUCUUUCUCGAUCAGCACGUUGACGUAGAACGUCAACAUACUCUAGCGCAUGAUAAGGCAAAAUUCUUAGUCCACGUGUGAAGUUCGUUAUGCAACGCACAGAGACGGCAUUCACGAUCGUCGUAUCAGAUAUGCUUCGAAGGAAAUAAUUAGAAGAUCAUUUACCACCGAUGCCUGUUAUCAUUAAGCUAGCCAAGUGCAAAAAACGACACGCAAAAAAUCCUGUAAUCCGAGCCAUAUACGUAGCGUGCUGCUACCUCGAACCUUUGUAUAUGAAGUGUUUAUGUUCAAUUAGCAAUUAUAUAUAUAUAUAUAUAUGUAGAUAUCCACGAUUUUCCAUCUAGAAACACGCAGACUCGUAUAUAUAUAUUUUUUUCUCACGUUACUUAUAUGAAUAUAUAUUUAAAUUUGAGAGGAAGUUGCUCUUCAAAGUAACUCGUUAUUCGGUUUUGUUAUCGUUAUUCAAAGAAAUAAUGGGUCAUUGUAAUUUGCGUAAUUUACCUCGCCAAGUUUUUUGGAAGCUUCUUUAUAUUCUUUUGGCAAAAAAUAUAAAAUUAUUUAUAUUUAGUUAUCGUUAUCUAAGGAAAUACGAUAACGCCAAGUCGUUUAUUGGAAAAAAAAAGUAACAAUAACAGCUUCACGAAUAACGGCGUUACCCUCCCAAUCUGUGUACAUCUAUGUGUAUGAGUAUGUAGUGUAAGGAAUUAAGAUGAUGAUUUCGAAAUUGUGAAUAUUUAUAUUUGUAGUAAAUAUUGGCCUUACACAAAACGAUUAAAGCUUUUGGCUUCAAGCUUUCUCACCUUAACUUAACAUACAAAUAAGCAUGUGUGGUGCGGUUGUCCAUAUAGGAAAAGCAUUUAAUGUUCUUUGAAAAGAUGUUUUUUUCAUCGUUUCAUUUUUUUUUUCUUCAAGAUUAAAGCCGACGCUUGUACUCACACCACUCAACUUGGUAACAAAUUGCAGCCUCAUAACAAACAAUAUGUUCUCCUAAUUCCUUGUUCGUGCAACGAUGCAAGUAGUGUUACGCGUGAAACGUGAAGGUCAUCGGCGAAACUUGCAGAGUUACCUUUACCCACCUGCAUAUACAGGGCGUCUUCCCUUUUAAACGAUCAAACUCUACGAAUACGCUCUAUAAAUAGAGAUAAGGAAAAAAAAA